AAGAACAGACGCAGAGCGGACCAUGCCGACGCGCGCAGAGGGAAAUGGUGGGAGCGGGAAGACGGUGUGCGUCACCGGCGCCGGCGGGUACAUCGCCUCCUGGCUCGUGCAGCUCCUCCUCUCCCGCGGCUACGCCGUCCACGGCACCGUCCGCCACCUCGGCGAGGAGAAGACCGGCCAUCUGAGGCGGUUAGAGAACGCUUCCGAGAACCUCAGGCUCUUCAAGGCCGACCUCCUUGAUUACGACGCAAUGGCAGCUGCCAUCGUGGGAUGCCAGGGAGUUUUCCAUGUCGCCACUCCCGUUCCUUCGGGAAUCUUAACCGAUCCAGAGCUACAAAUGUUGGGCCCUGCUGUUACUGGCACCACGAAUGUGCUCAAGGCCGCCUCUGCCGCCUCUGCCCAGAGAGUCGUCGUCGUGUCAUCCAUGGUCGCCGUCGAGAUCAACCCCAAGGACUGGCCCCAAGGUAAAAUCAGAGAUGAGAGCUGCUGGUCGGACAAAGAAUUUUGCAGGAGCAACGAGAGCUGGUACCCAGUUGCUAAGAUCGCGGCGGAGGCGGCGGCACUCGAGUACGGGCGGGAGACCGGGCUCCGCGUGGUGACUCUGAAUCCGGCGCUGGUGUUCGGUCCCCUGCUCCAGCCGAGCAUCAACACUAGCAGCCAGUUCCUCAUCUACUUCCUCAAAGGAGGCCCUGACGAGACGAGGGACAAGCUGUGGCACAUCGUCGACGUCCGCGACGUCGCCGACGCGCUGCUCCUGCUCUACGAGGCGCCCGAGGCCACGGGCAGGCACAUCUGCGCGCCUCACUUCAUCACCGCCCGGGAGCUGCUGGGCUUGCUCAAGAGCAUGUACCCCGGGUACCCCUGCAUAGCCGAGGAGAGUAUACGUGACAUGGAUCACCCGGCUCCGAUGACCUCCGGGAAGCUGGAAAAGCUGGGGUGGAGCUCCCGGCCACUGAGGGAGACGAUCACGGACACCGUCGAGUUCUGCCGGGAGGCCGGGUUUCUUGAGGACGUGGAUGGUUUCCCCUCAACCUCUAGAUUUCUUCCAUUCGCCCGGCCAUGGCUGCCGCCUCAUCCUCCCCAGCGAGCUCGCCAAGCCCGCCAACUCCGAGGGCACCAAGCCCGUCACCAAGUUCACCUCCUCUUAGAUCGCUAGCCUUUGGCAGCGCUUGUAGUUACCUAGUGUUUGACUCGUUUGUUUUGAACUUAGAAGUGCUAGUGAUGGAUGAAUUUUUUGGACGUUUGUAGACAGAUUUAUGCAGUGAUGCUCUUGGGAAGGUUGUUGUUGUCACUGGUCAUCCCUGUAGCUUAAUACGCUACUCUGCAAUAAGUUUGAUUUGAACGAUUUUAUUAUCCUUUAA